GUUGGACUAAUACGAAUAGCGCGUUUACGUAAGGAGAUAGGAUUAUACAAGCGUAUACUAGUAGCGUACCGCGAGGAAGCGGAAUUAGGUAUAGUAGAGGUACUACGAAAAGAGCUAGAAGACGGAGGUAUUAAGGAUCUUAGCCGCCGAAUGCUCUACGAAUAUAUACGAUCAAAGUACAAUAUCGUUAGUAGAGAUAGAUUGUACCGCGUUCUAGAUACUUUGAAUCCCGAGGCCGUACGUAGGCGCCGAGUAAAGGCUAAGUAA